AGCACUCAACCUCAUGGUAGAACCAGUAGGAUAGGAUGGAAGGGCGGAGCUAAUGGCGGUUGAUUUACGAACAGGGCAAUCUGCUUGUGGUGGGUGGAUGGAGAGGAAGCUGGGUUGCACUUGCACGCCCCUCUGCUGCUUCUAAGUCAUGACGCGCAACCCGUCUACACCUGCGGCCACUGGUCGAGCCUGUUCAAUGCCUCUGUAGUCGGUUGAUUGCCGCCUUUGUCGCUGGACUGUGGCAUAUCCGGCCAUGGAGUCACAAACAAACGGCCCCCCGCCAUAACAGCAGUAUGGUUACUACCUCCCGUUCUUAGGCAAGGCAUCGCCGUGCCGUAUCUCUGCUGUGUAGUGAAGGCGGGUGCUCCGUAGUCCGCAAGACCCGGAAAUGCGUGUGAUCUAGGAAGUCCCGCUGCAAUCCAAAAAUCGCAAAGCCGCCAAUCCGCCAAUCACGGCUCCCUUAUUGACGCUGGUUACAGCGCCAUUAUACGCGAAUAUAUCGGAUCAUCUACUGCACUGGGCAGCGGCAUCCUUGAUCUCCACCCCGUGCAAUUGCACCAAGCCGUCUCUAGGAUCCGCGUCACCAACCCUAAUACCAGAUAACAGACGGCGCGCUUGGUGCACGGCGCACGAUACAGUCUCCGCGAUCGGCGGCUGCUGAUGGUCGUGCUCGUGAUCUUGAUACGACGAGCCGGAGUUGAUUACUAACGCGCUGCUGAUCUCACUCACCCCUCCGUCGCUGGAUCGUGCACAAAUUUUCAUACUGAUUUUCGCACGCAUUGUCACCCGCCGGCAAUUAGCAAUCCCCCUGCGAUCCCCCUGCGAUCCCCCCUUCGCGUGUGAUGGAGCCCAUGGGCCAGCAGCUGCCCAAUGGGUAUCCUCCCCCCUCAGCUGCUGCCGCCGCUGCUGCUGUUCCUAGUGCUGCAACAGUACCACCAGCAGCCGCAGCAGCAGGAGCAGCAACAGCUGCACCAAGAGCAGCAUCAGUUGCAUCAGCAGCGUCAGCAGGCGCAGCAGUGCAAGCAGCAGGAGCAGCGGGUAGAUGUGGGAGCGGGGGAGUGCGGAGGGAAGCGGAGGUGAGGGCAUGGAGUGGGGUGGUGAGAGGGGUGGAUGUGGUGAUGGCAGCAACGCUGAGAGCACAGCCAAAAUGUGGUGCCUCGGACUCAGACUCCCCGGAAGCACACACGGCACACGUUGCUGCUGGUUCCGCAACAGGAGCAGGAGGAGCAGCAGAUGCUGCUGCUGCCGGAACGGCAGCCACGGCAGCAACAGCAGCAGCAGCAGCAGCAGCAGCGGCGGCGCCUGAUGCUUCCGUUGCUGCAUGCGCCACUGCUGACAGCAAUGCGAGAACCUCCAACACCGUUAGCAGCACGGCCGCUGGCGGCACAGGCGCUAGUAUCAGUGCCGAUCCCUCUCGGUCAGCCACGAGUGUGCCCGGAUCGAGCGUGCUAGUAAAGGGUGAAGGGCCGAGUCUGGCAGGGGGAGGAGGGGGAGGUGGAGCAAGUGAAGAGGGAGGAGGGAGAGGUGGGGGGUUGGUAAGAUUGGGUGGAGAGGGAGGAGGAGCAAAGGCUGGCUUGGGCGCGUAUGCGGCAUUAGACGGCUCAGGGUCAGCAUGGCCUGUUGUUGGUCGAGAGCCGCACGCUGACUCUGCAGGCAGGGAAUGCCACGUAGGCAGGGAGGAGAGAGGGCCGUGGGCGGCAAGUAAGGUCGAGAGAGAAAGCGAAGGCGUUGGGGGAGGAGGAGUAGGAGGAACACUGAACGGGCCUUUGACCGAACCUGUAGUACCGCAGGUACUGCAGCCAGCAGUGCAGCCCAGGGUCCCGAACGGGGCUGUGGAGGGAGGGAGAGAGGAGGGAGGGAGAGGAGCGGGAGGGAGGGAGGAGGUUGUAGAAGCACAUAGUAGUGCUAACAGCAUCGGCAUCGGUUCUGUUGCUAGCGCCAGUAGCAGCAAUGUGACAGGUAGUAGCAAUGCUGCUUCCCGCAUUACUGCCGGCUUCGCUGCUGCUGCAUUUCUACCUUCUCCCACCGCUAGCUUCCCUGUUGCUUCCACUCCUGCCGCCGCUCCUUCUGCCACUUCUUCCCCUCCUCCUCCCACUGUUGCGGCCUUAGCUGCCGCUCCAGCAGCAACAUCUGCUGCUGCUGCGGCGGCUGCUGCUGCUGCUGCGUCUGUCUCUGAGUUUGUGCCGGCACCACCUGCUCCAAUGGCAGCGGCGCCAGUGCCGUUUGAGGCGGGCCAAAAGCCAGCAGCAGCGGGGCCAGUGGGCGACCUCUACAUCCGGGGGCUGUCCUGGGGCACGUCCUCUGAGAGCCUGCGCCACUACUUCUCCCAGUUUGGCGAGGUGUCCCUGUGCUCUGUCAUCACGGAACCCAGUGGCCGCUCCAGAGGCUACGGCUUUGUCAACUUCAGUGAUCCAGAGGCCAUAGCGCGGGUGCUCUGCCAGGACCACAUCAUUGACAACAGACAGGUGCAAAUACGACCGCCACGUGACUUCCAACCCCAACCCCAGCACCAGCAGCCGCCAUUGCAACCACCUUACUCCUCCAAUGCCCUCCUCUCAACCGCCUCCCCACCCCCCUCCGCCUCCUCCUCCUCCUCCCACUCCUCUCUCUCCUCCGCUCCUCCCCCAUCCUCCUCCUCCACUUCCUCCGCCUCCUCAAGCGUCCUCUCCCUCUCAUCCAACGCCUCUCAUGGCGACUCCUCCUUUCCGUCUGCCUCUGCAGCCGCCUAUCUCCCUGCUCUCUCAGAAAACGCACUGGCAGCAGAUGGUCAUAGAUGGCACCAGCAGGCCCAGCAGCAGCAGCAGAGGGGAGGGUCGCUGAGAGAUGCGGAGCAGAGGAGAAAGGUGUUUGUGGGGAUCCUUGGCUCUCCAGACGCCCUCUCCGCCGACGAAAUGCGCUCCUACUUUCUCAAGUACGGGCCAGUGGCGGACCUGUUCCACCCACAGCCCAGCAGGGGCUUCGCGUUUGUCACCUUCCAGACCGAGGACGCUGCCAGGGCCGCCAUGCAGGUGAAGGAGCAGGUCAUUUCCGGGGUGAGGGUUCACGUGAAGCCACCAGCACCCAAGGCCCCUCCCGCCACGCACGCCCAGCAGCACCUGCAGCACGGCUAUCACCAGAGCCAGUACCAGCAGCAGCCGCUGCUGCAGCACCAACUCUCCUCCGCCUCCUCGCCUUACUCCCCCAGUCUAUCCCAGGGCCGCUCUUUCCUCCGGCAAGACUCGCCCUCAAACUCCUUCGCCAUCUCUGCAGCUUCUGCUGGAGCGGAUGCCUCCUCCUUCUACUCCUCCCCUGCCGCAGCAGCAGCGGCUGCAGCUGCUGCUAUGGGCAUGCCUGGCUCGUUUGGAGCGUUCCUAGACCCCUCGGCCCUAGGCGGCGGAGUGUCCCCCUUGGGCGCGCCCAUGGCGAGUAUGCAGCAGCUGCAGCUGGCAGCUCAAGCCAUGCAGCUACAGGCGCAGAUGGCCCAACUGCAGAUGCACCAGCAGCAGCACACCCUGCAGCAGCAGCAGCAGCAGCAGCAGCAGUUCCUAUCACAGCAGCAGCAACAGCAGCUGGAGGGUGACGAGGAGGGGGCGGGGGGGGAGAAGGCGAAGGAGAAGGAGGAGGGGGAACUGGAGCAGGAAGAGGAGGAGGAGGAGCAGCAAGGGAAGAGGGAUGAGGCGGGGGUGGUGGAGGGUGGAGAGGAGAAGAGUGAGGAAGAGGAGGGGGCUGAGCGUGGUUCAGGAGAUGGUUCAGGCAGUGGACCGAGGCAUGGGCAGGUGGCAGGGCAUGGGAUUGAGAUCAAGGGCUCUAGGGAUAAGGGCGAAACAAAGGAGCAGAACGCGAGUCCGCUAGAGGAGAUUUUGGAGAAAAACCAGCAGAAGCAGCUGCAGCAACAACAGCAGCAGCAGCAUCAGCAGCAACAGCAGCAGGAGCAACAACAGCAACAGCAGCAGCAACAGCAGCAGCAGAUGCUAUUUCAGCAGCAGCAGGAGCUGCAACAGCUAUUGCUCCAAGCCCAGUCCCUCCAAAACCCCCUACCCAACCCGGGCCUGUCACUCCCACUCUCCUCCAACCCUCUCUCCUCCCCCUUCUCCUCGCUGCCUCUGCCUCUCGCUUUCAAUCCCAUGCUCAACCCAGCAGCGGCUAUGGCUGCAUUGGGAGGCUACCCUCCUGUUCCCGGGCUCGAUAUGUCCUUGUUUCCGGGCAUAGGGAACAUGAUGGGGGAUGGGAGCCUUGGGAUGGGCAUGGGUAUGGGCAUGGGCAUGGGGAUGGGAAUGGGCAUGGGUGGUUUGGGUGGUAUGGGCGGUAUGGGCGGUAUGGGCGGUAUGGGUGGUAUGGGUGGCAUGGGUAGUAUGGGUGGGAUGGGCAGCAUUGGCAAUAUGGGCAGUAUGGGCGGCAUGGGUAUGGGUGGCAUGAGUGGCAUAGAAAGUAUGGGAAGCCUUGGAAGCCUGGGAAGCCUGGGGAGUCUGGGAGGGUUGGGAGGCCAGAUGGGUGGGCCCGCAGCCAUGGUGGGGCAGCAGCAGCAGCAGCAGGCAGCAGCAGUGGCAGGACCAUCGCUCUUCAUCAGCAACCUGCACUACAGCGUCACAGUGCAGGACCUGACGGAGUACUUCAUGGUGCAUGGCGCCGUGCUGGGAGUGGACAUGCUUCGCGACGACAAGGGCCGCUCCAGGGGCAAGGCGUGCAUUCACUUCUCCAGUGCUGCAGAAGCAGCUAGAGCGCUGGCUGCCACUAGCGGCAAGCCCUUCAGGGGGCGACUGCUGGUGGUGAGGGAGGACAGUGGGGGCCGCCAUCCCGCCUCUGCCUCCUCUGCUGCUGCUUCCGCUGCCACAGGCUAACUUGCACCCGGAACUUUAUUCCGAAACCACAGCACCGCUUGCGUGGUAGAUCGAAAAUCCUGGGGGGCAAUAUCAAGAGAGAAGAUGGGCGUGUGCGUGUGUGGAGGCUGCCCAGGAGGAGUGGAGUGGGUUAUGGGCCUAUGGCCGCCCGGUUGUGUUGCUGGCAGUGCACUGUUCUAUCAGGCUGGUGGGAGGAGCGCCGGACUAGUGCCUGCCACCAACUCAUGCCUAGCAUGCACAGUCACGGCCACAGGCACAUCGAUGGAGGAAGGAGCCAUUGUAAGGGCGGUGUGCUCUGUGUUGUCUUGUCCCCUGCCUGCCCCUCUCUAGUGGCCUGACUGGCUGUCAUUUCUGAGGUGUCUGGUCUGUGCAAUUGGAGAGGUCUAGACCAGACGUGUGCCGCUCUAUUUAUUGCUAUACAAUGCAGUUGAUGUAACAGUAACAUGUAUGGCAUUCAGAAGUCUGAACACCUUUUCU